GUAGCGUUUUCUUUUAUUUGAAAAACAGAAUUAUUGGAUUUUUGGAGAAAUUGUUCAUUUUUUUCAUCAAAAUAAAACUGAUUUUAAAUCACGAUUUUCAACAAGGAUUGUAACUCGGAAGCGUGAUUGCGUAAGCCCAGUUGCAGGAGGGUGGCAUUUCCGCGUACCAAAGUGUUGUAGUGGUUCAUUCUGCGCAUGUCAUGUACGUCUUGUACGCGGAAGUCGAGUCCAGUAAAGCCCGAUAUCUUAUGAAGGCAUGUUUACUAGAUGCGAUAUCAGUAAAACUUGUGGUAGGUAAACACAUCUUUUUCCUUGGAAAGUAAUUCUAUGUUGUUGCUCCUAGUUUAGACUUGUGGGUCAAAAGCCAAGAUGAGAGUUAGGAGAGUUGUUAGGAUCAAUUUCAUAUUUAGAAUAGAACUGGAAUUGUGAGAUUUGUAUUUUGUUUCAAUAAAUGUAAAUUGGACGUUACAGAAAUCCAUAUAGUUUCAGUAUAAUAGGGUGUAUACGCCCGAUCGAUAUAGCAUUUAAUGCUUCCAAUGCGCUCAAAAUACGUUUUGUGUCAGACCGAACAGUGAGUUUGCAUCGUGCCAGCAGUUUAUCAGCCGCAAGCAGAAAAGCCAGGGCGCCGUUAAAAGUGCAACAUAAUCACCAUCUCACUUGAUUUCCCGGCUUUAUUUAGGUUAACUACUGAUAAAGCCCCUGGACACACGUUUAUUUUGCACCGUGAUUCCAGUGAUGGCCUAGUUCGAGGCAAAAGUUGAAUUAAAAAGCGAUAACAUUUGAACGGAAUAAAAAUUAAAUCACAGAUAACCGAAUUCAGUGUCGAAAUAACGGCAGAUGCGAAGUUUUAGGGUAUUCGUUUAUAAUACGCUUUCCCGUGUUAUUUACCAGUUCAUUGAACAAUGAUGUAUUUUCAAUUGCCCGUCGGUCUUACAGCAAAUCAAUAGUAUUGGUUUGUGGUGUGUUUUAUGCCCUCAGAUUCUCCCUUUACUAUUUGAUUGAUUUCGAGAACGAGAAGCAAUAAUUAAUUUAAACUUGUUGUUACCACGCUGCUGAUUAAAAUCUGAGAAACUGUUGAGUUGCGAUAGAUAAAUGGAUUUGAAGCGAUUUUUAUUUAUAGUUACAAGUUUGAGCCUCGUCGCAAAGCGUAAUCUUGAUAAGAACAACGCGAUUUGCGGCUUAUUGUUCUUCUUUAUAACUUCACUGGGAACCAUUGUUUGCAAAAUUGAGCUCGGACCGAUUGCUUGCAGUUUCGAGCCGCAAAUAAUCGUCCCCCCAUUGUUUUACUUUUGACAGAGGUUAGACGUUCGUUACGUCACAAACUGAAACAAAGGAUUUCGCGCAGCACGACUGAAAAGAAAAAUGUCAGAUCAAGACGAUCAGACCCCUGCACCCGUGGAGAUUGAUGACGUCACAAAGCCGUCUGAACAAGAAACAAAGGCAGACUGUGAUGAAACAAAGAAAGAAGAGGGAACGACGCCCGCAGCAGAAGAAGCCACGGAACAGUCAACCACUGCAGAGCAAGCUGACAACCCAUCUACAACAGAAGUAACAGAGCAAGAGGAUAAGGUUGAAGACCCUGCAGUUACCGAAACCCAAGAACAAGAAAAAAACAACGAGCCAGAAACCGAAACUCAAGUUCAGGAAACAAACGAAACAGAUAUGGGACAAACAGCAGAAGUUAAGACUGAAGAAACUGCAAACGCCGAAGCAGUAGCAGAAACCACCCCUCCCAUCGAACAAAAGGAAACUGUGACUGAGGAUGCCACCGGUGAAACUGCUGAAGUUCCAAAGCAAGUGGAGGAGAAGAACGAAGAGACAGAGCCGGCUCCUCCGGUAUCAACAGAGCAGGAGGAUGCUCCAGCAAAGGAUGAAGGGGUGACAGAUCAGGAAGAGACCAAGAAAGAAGCGGAACCAUCCGAAGAUGCGGCAAAGAAAGCAGAAGAGCCGACUGGAGAAAAAUCAGCUGCGGAUGAAAAUGGGAAAGCCGAGCAAGCGGAAGCACCUAAGGAAGAGAAGGAACCAAAAGAAAAGAAGAAGAGAGGAAGGUUGUCGAGUAAAUCUUUCAGGAAAGUCUUCAAAAUAUUCAGUACCAAGAAAACUCCGAAAGCCGAGAAAACAGAGGGAGAAACUGAGAAAUCGAAAAAGAGUGGAAAGGUCGCUGAAUACAAGGAUAAAGCGAAAGAAAAGGGAAUUGAAGAACCGCAAGACGGCGCACAGGAGCCAGUUACAAACGGCAACGGCGUGGAAGAAGCAGAUCACGAAAAAAGCGCGGAACAAGCGGCGGAAGUCCCGAAAGAGAAUGGAGAUGCGAAACAAGCAGAGCCCUCUGACGUCACUAGUGACGUAAAAUCGAGCGAUGACGCAACACAAAAUGAAGCAACAACCGAUGCAAGCGUUCCUAGUGGGGAAACGGCGGCAAGCGAAAAGGCUGUCGAAACUGCUGCAGGGUGAUAACGACCAACCCGCCACCAUUUUUUAUUUAAUCGAUUCGAUGUGUGACGUCAUAGACACGUGACGCGCGACGUUAUUUCAUUCUUGAAGCGUAAAAUUGAAACACAUUUGGCCGUCGCAAAUUGCAGAACGGUGUAUGACGUCACCACGCAAAAUCAGCCUGCUCUGUAUAUAGAAAUAAACAUGUUCGGUUGAUAUUAAUAUUGCUUUCAUUUUUAAUGUAAUUUUGCGUAAUCGAACUUUCACAAGGCGGUUUCUUUUAUUUUUAACAACUAGCACCGAGUAUCGAUAUUAGAAUUUCACCUGUACUUACACUUUUCUAUGCUGAUAUAUCUAUAUAUAAAUAUGCGCAACUGUCGAAUAUUCGUUACAGAAAUACAACAGGCUUGAACUGGA